CUGAUUUUCCUUGGAUGGAGUGUUUUGUAGAGCUGUCUGUACGCCCUCACUCUGCCUGGGCCAUCCCGGCUAUGAGCCCGCUUCUCGGCGAGUCUGCAUCGGUCGCAGCGCUCUGACCGACACACAGCGCUUCCCCCUCCGCCACGCACCAUGGCCCAGGCCGCUCAGAUGAACGUCCUCGAAAUCAGCAGCCCCAUCCGCGUCGAGCACGACAAAAAACGACGACAGUUCAGCAUCCGUCUCAACGGUUCUUAUGACAGGGCUGUGUUACUGUAUGAAUAUGUGGGGAAGAAGACAGUGGACUUGCAACACACUGAGGUGCCGGAUGCUUACAGAGGACGGGGCAUUGCCAAACACCUGGCCAAGGCGGCAAUGGAUUUUGUGGUUGAGGAAGACCUCAAGGCUCACUUGACCUGCUGGUACAUUCAAAAGUACGUCAAAGAAAACCCCCACCCCCAGUACCUGGAGCAUAUCAUCCACUGAGGGACAUGGGUACAGGAAGUGAUGGACUCUCAUUACUGUUUGGGUGCUUUGGAUGGGCGGGGCGUAUGUGGCUGGGGGUGGGGGUGGCUGGGUAUUCCCAAUUGUUUUAACUGGUCAUCAGAAAACAGAAGAGAGAAUGGACGUUGGACAGAAAGCAUUUGCAACUAUACGGGUGAGGUUACAAAAGUGUCUGCUUUGCAGCAUGCAUUCUGUUUAAGAGCAGACAAGGCAUGCACUAUGAAGUGGACAAACAGGCCUGUUUCUGCAGCUCUCAGGACACUGUGGUUAAUGGAUCCUUUAGCCAACAAGGAAGGAUCUAUGGAGAACACGACCAUGGAAGACAGUCAGUUUUAGCUUGUUACUGUUAUGUUACACUUCACAUGCCUCUCUAGCCCAAUGCCUUCAGGUCCAGUGGUGCUUAUUUACAGUUUCACUCUCACUUACAUGCAAAAAUAUUCAACUUGUUUGACUGAAAGCUGAUUAAUGGACAGCACAGGUCAAUGUAACAUUAAGAAAUAGCCACUAUGUAUUGUAGGUUUGAGUGUGGCAUGUUUUUUGCCAACCAGGGCCAGUAAAAGUGUUGAAAUUCCUGAGACGACCCCCCUGCAAACUAGGGACAAAAACCUCUCAGGAUAGACACUUUAAACACACAAUACUGUCGUUUAGCACAGGGAGCCUGUAACGUGCUUGGGUGGGUUCGCAUAACAGACGCAUGCGUGAGUUACCUGUCGUCUGUGUGAGAGAGUGAGCGUGUGUGUUAUACCUCCCUUUCCCCAUGGCCUUAUCAGAGAUGGCGGCAGUGAAGUCCACCACUAAACAGGGUGAGUUCGGUGCUCAAAUAAUAACAGCGACAAAAUUUGCCCUGUCACUCAAACAGCCGUAGCAACAUCAGUGACUUUGAUGAGAAUGAUGGUCGUCGUCUCUACACGUUUAGAGGCUUGCUGUAGUCUGUUCUGUUACUGUUAAAGGUUGUGACCUAUGAAUCACACAGACGAAAAGAUGCCUGAAAUUCAUCACGUUUUUAUGCAUUUAUGUGCUCUAUAUUAAUAUUCAUGUUUUUAAAUAAAUAAAUAUAUGUACCAAGUAA